AUGGCGGGUGCAUUCAAUCCCGUUGACCUCACCGAUGAAGAGUUGGGGCAGCUGCGCGGCCUACGGAAACGCAAAAUGGAGCUCAUGGAUGAGAUUGAACACAUAAAAAAUGAGCUUCGCGAUGUUGAUGCAGAACUUGAGUCUUUGUACUACGUUGAUGAAGGCUCAAGGUCUCGCCACAAGCUCAUAUUCACUGGAAAAAAGAAGUUUAAUCAAGACCCAAUGAGAGGCAUUGAAUACCUAACUGAUCGAGGACUUCUGAGUAGGCAACCGGCAGCUGUUGCCCAAUGGCUAUUCAAGGGCGAAGGAUUAUCAAAAACUGCUAUAGGAGAACUGCUCGGAUCCCAUGACCCUUUUUGUCUUGAGGUUCUGGACCAAUUUGUGCUCUGUCACACAUUCCAGAAUAUGUUUAUAGUUGACGCAUUAAGAGCGUUCCUCUGGUCAUUUCGACUUCCAGGCGAAUCACAAAAGAUUGAUCGAAUUAUGGAACGAUUUGCUCAGCAAUAUGUAGCGACUAAUGAAGGAGUCUUCGAUAGUGCGGAUACAUGUUUCACAAUUGCUUAUUCAUGUAUUAUGCUGAACACACUACUGCACAAUCCGAAUGUGAAGGAUCGGCCAACAUUUGAACGAUAUCAGAAUAUGAAUAAGGAGCUGCUUGAAGCUGGAUCGGUUAAUACCGCUCUGUUAGCGCAGAUUUUCGACUCGAUCCGUACGAAGGAGUUCCAAAUUCCGUGUGAUGAUGCAGCACGAUUAGAUAACAUAUUCCUUCAUCCUGAUCGAGAAGGUUGGCUCUACAAGCAGAGCAGCAGUCAGUUCAUAUCUGGUCCCCUUUCAUGGAAGCGGAGAUGGUUUGUCCUAAGUGACUCUUGCCUGUAUUACUUUGAUCAAACCACUGAAAAGGAACCUCGCGGGAUUAUUCCGCUGCAGAAUGUAGGAGUUCGACGAGUUGAAUCUGCAUCUCGGCCGUUUAUGUUCGAGAUUUUCUCACUUUCCGAAGAUGGUCGAAUAAAAGCGUGUAAAACGGAACAGACGGGUAAACUGGUCGAAGGUCGGCAUAGCGUGUAUCGAAUUUGUGCGUCGAACUCUGAUGAUUUGAAUGCAUGGUUGGAGGCUUCUAUUUCGCUGCACGAUGUGCGAUGGCAGACAGGGGUCAUUGAGGACCUAAAUGCAAAAAAUGAAGUUAACGAUGAGGAGCAACAACCGGUUCAUGUUUAUGAGGAGAAGGUUUACGAGGAAUUCGAUCCUUUUAAAGCAUUAGAUUCAGAAGAGGAACAUAAAUGUACGUGUUGUGGAUGGUGUUUGGAUGAAGAAGAUCGAGAUGCUAUUGUAGGACACUAUAGAAGCCAAUGGCAUAGAUAUAAUGCUAAACUUGCGCUGAAAGGCCGCCCACCGUUGAGCGAGGAUGAAUUCGAAGAGUUAAGAGAAGAGGAGAGGAAAGCUGAUGAUGCAAUGUCAUCAUCUUCUGAUUCGGAUGACUCAGACUGUGACGAUAUUCCACUGAGACUCGGAUCUAGCCAUAUUUACUUUGUUCAUAAUGGUGAUGUGUGUUCUAUGUACAAAUGUCUUCUACGUCCUGGUGAAACAACAGUUUCGAUCAGUAUGUUUGCAAGACCGGUAGACUGCGCCAUAUUUCUUCUAGCCGGCGGUCAUUUUGCCGCUGCUAUAUUCAAAAAUGAUAAAAUGGUUGCGCACAAAGCUUUCCAUCGUUACGUAGUUCGAGCCAAACAAGGUGGAGCACAGACCGCAAAUGACAAAGCGAAAGGUCCUGCACGAUCUGCUGGAGCCGCACUGAGAAGGUACAAUGAACGGGCCUUAUGUGAAGAUAUAAUGAACGUCAUGCAAACAUGGACGGAUCUUCUCUCAGCUACUCCAUUGAUUUUUAUUAGAUGUGCAAGUUAUCAGAAAGUAAUAUUUCAUGAAGUAAACGAAGGUGGAUUCGACAGGAAGGAUCCCAGGUUGAGAACAAUACCCUUUGAAACAAAGCGUCCACUAAUAGACGAGGUACGAAGAGUAUGGGAGCGAUUGAGUUCUGUCACAAUCCAUGGGGCAUUGGACGAAUUCAUGGAGGAAAGAUCUAGAAGAAAACAACGGAUGAAAAUUCUGGCGAAAAAGAAACGUACAGAUGAUAAACUUUGGAAUCCUGAUGAUGAUAAAAAGGAGGACGAGGUCCCAUCGAAGGAGAAAAAGAGUGAUCACUUGAAACCAGUGGCUCCGGUGCAAGAAAAGCCAAAAGAUGUGGACAAAUGGCCAUCUUUGGACAAAAAUGCUCGUAGAGAACUGUACUCCCUAAUAAGGGAUAACAAUGAGGACAUUCUUAGGUCUUUCGUUGAUGGAAGAUGUGAAGAAGCAAGGGAAGAGGUGAUUGACUAUCUCUUUUCAUUUCGAUUAUCUGAUAACGGAACAUUUCUUCAUCUAGCUGCUAAAAGCAGCUGUGAUAAGGUCCUCCAGUACCUACUAGAGCUUGGUUGCGAUCCCUCUAUAAAGAAUGAAGAAGACAUGGUAGCAUACGCGUUGUCGCCCAGUAAAGCAGUGAAACAUAUUUUCAUUCAAUUUCGGAUGGAACACCCAGACAAAUGGAAUUGGACAAGGUGUCAUAUACCUGAGCCUAUUCAAAUGAACGAUGAAAAAGCUGCAAAAGUAGCAGAGAAGAAGAAGGAAAAGAAACAAAGACAGAAAGAAAAAACAAAGAUUAAGAAAGAAGCAGAGAAGAAGGAAGCUGAGGAAUUGGCUGCUCGUGCAGCAUUCCUUGCAAUGUCGGACAGGGAAAAACGUGCAGCUGCUGCUGAAGCAAGACUUGCUAAGCUCUGCGACGGUCCACGAUGCGUGCAAUGUGGUGUUGCGUACAAUGGAUCAGGAUUCGAGUACAAUGAACUGCGUACCUUGAUGAAUGCGGUAGCAAAACGCCUUUUGUCGUUGUCUGCGAUCAGGCUACAACGGCCAGAACCAUUGAUUCAAACUUACGAUCCCGUACAAUUAGGAUAUUUAUCUGAAGAAUGUAUAGCUGUGGAUGAGCAGGACAAUAUUAUCGGGGGAAUAACGAAAGGAGAUGCACAUCGUGUGGAGACCUUAGGACUACAUCGUGCGUUUAGUCUAUUCGCUUUUACUCCGGAUAAAAAACUUAUACUGCAGAAGAGGAGCGCUGAUAAGAUUACUUUCCCACUACUAUGGGCCAACACUUGCUGUAGUCACCCUCUAUUCACGCCAACAGAGGUUGAUGGAGCUCGUGGUGUUGUUUCUGCUGCGGUAAGAAAGAUUGAACAUGAACUCGGUGUGGUUGACUUGAGACCGGAGAAAUGUCGAGUCAUGGGACGGUUUUUAUACAAGGCAAUCAUGGAAGAUUCGUUAUGGGGUGAACAUGAGCUGGACUAUGCCGUAGUCACACGUAACUUGUCACCGGAUCGAAUCCAGCUAAACUCGUCUGAAGUUUGUGAUGUGAGAGUUGUAGAUGAAAAAGAACUAGCAACAUGGGUUGCAUCAGAACCAACAUCAUUUUCACCGUGGUUUCUUCUCUUUCAUCGGCUACAAUUUCUGUCCGAAUGGUGGUCAAAUCUUGAUCGCAUUGAAAGACAUGAUGUGAAUAUGGAUAUUAUACGAAUGAAUUGA